AUGUGGCAGCAAUCUCCGAUUGGAUGGAUAAAAUGCAAUGAUGAUGGCUCUUACAAUACGGUUACAAGUCAAUCAAAGGCAGGAUGGAUUUUGAGAAAUGAGAGAGGAGCAUUCAUUGAUGCAGGACAAGCUACUGGAAUUAUGACUACAUCUCCUUUAGAUAGUGAACUACAAGCUCUCCUCAUCGCAAUGCAACACAAGAUUCUUAAUGGCAAAACUCUUAACUUCGGGUGCUACAACUCGAUAAAGGAAAUCAACUAUUGGAAAACCAGAUUUGAAGAAGUUGAUUUCACUUGGACACCAAGAAAAAACAACCGACCAGCUGAUUUAUUAGCAAAAAAAACUUUACCAGAUAAUAUUUCUUAUGAUGUCUAUUCCUGUAUUCCUACUUUUCUUCUGCAUGAUCUAAGUUGUAAUAACUACUAA